AUGUGCGGUCGAGUCUGGCAAGCAACAAUAGACAGUGCAAUUCCCGAUGAAGAACUGUCAGAUUUGUUGAAUUCGUUCUUAUUGCCUCUGCCACUCAUGUCUAGCCCAUUUGCUGUAUGCGAAAAGAGCAAUUUAACGGAGGAGGCGGCGGUGGCGGCGGCACCGUUUCACUGUUUAAACCCGACUGUCAAUAAUAAUCUUGAAGACAAAGAACGAAAACAUUCAUCGUUCAAAGAUCAGUUGAGUCGCGAACAAAGGUACCUGAAACGGCGAUUUGAACAGCUCGCCACCCAUUAUGCCAUGUCGAAAAGACGUUCCGUAUCGGAAUGUUCCUCGUCCACUGUUUCAAGCAGCCACUCGACGGCGUCCUCCGCACCAUCACCUAUUUCCGAGUCGGGUGAGUACAAGAUUUAA